AGGCCGCGCGUCCCGAGCAGUCCGGCAGUCACCAAGCUCGAGGCGCUGGGGAGGCCACCCCCAGUUAUGGCUGGUCGGACCCCCCCCGCCACGAGCUCAGGGGCCGAUCCCGCGGAGCCUCCCGCGCGGCCGUGCGAGCGAUGGGGGUGCACAGGGCGGAGCCGCUGGCGAAGGCAGGCCUCGCUCGGGACACUGCCUGGGCGCGCCUGCGCCCUCGGUGCAGCGCGGCGAGCCCACCGGACGCGACCACGAUGAGUUCGGCCACCUUCGGCUGCCGACCUGCCCCGGACCACCUCCUCGACCCGUCGGCCGCCCGCGCCGCGGACCCCGCGGCCGGGAAGCAGUCCGUCUACCUGGGCCUCGACACGACGCUGCCCGACAUCGACGCCAAGCGGAGGGAGGAGAUUCGCAAGAAGUAUCCGCACUUCCCAGACAUCUACGACCAGUCUGCGCUGCGUCGGGAGUACUUAGUUCGGCUUCCGCGGUGGGUCGAGGACUGGGCGAACGCCAAUCUCAUCAGGGACCCUCGAGAUACGAUCAUGCUCUCCACCCUGGCUAACAUGUUCGUGAUUACAGGGGGCCUUAGCGUGGUGCUAUUCCUCUUCCCAUCCCACAUGCUCGGAUUGUUUGUCUUACUAUUUAACGGUGGCAUGUGGGGGCAGCGAUUCACCCUCAUGAUGCACUAUUCAGAGCACUAU